AUGAACAUCUACGAAGGAAAGAACGAGCUAAAAGUCAUCGUUGUGGGCGGUGGCAUCGCUGGACUUUCUCUCGCGAAUAUGCUCGAGAAGGCCAACAUCAACUACAUCCUUCUUGAAGCACACACGGAUCUUACACCCCAAGUAGGGGCAGGGAUUGCGCUGCUACCUAAUGGCUUACGUAUCUUAGAUCAGCUUGGGUGCUAUCCUCAACUCCAAGAGGUAUCUGAGAGUAUCAAGCAUAAACUUAAUCUACGUGGGCAAGGGGGAAAGAUCUUUAGUAAGGGAUCGAGUUUUGCAUUUUCUGCGCAAUUAGAAAAGAGGUACGUCAUUAUAUAGGUCUCAGAAGUCCCAGGCCAUGUUCUCACCAGCCAUAGACUUGGUUAUCCUCAGAUUUUCACGGAGCGACAGCAACUCCUUCGCAUCCUCCAUGAAAAUUUGA